CCUAACACUCACAAAAAAGUAAACGUCGAUUUUGCGCGAAACAAUGAGCCAGUGACUCCUAUUAACGGUUUUCCCGCGCGUCCCGUGCCACUUAUCCCUGUAAUGCGUUCUUCCUCCGUUUUCUUGAAUAAUUUUAAAGCAUUAAAUUGCUUUAAAUAGUAUUUAUUCGCGAUACGACACCCAAGUGCGCAGUUAUACGUCGUAGAGUGGAAGGUCGCUUGGCGUACGUUCCAUUGACCUGUCGCGUAGGUUAUAAACAGUCAACAAACACAUCCCUCGGUUUUCGUGCAAAAAAGUUGAAAGAAAACGUUCACAUAUGAUUGUUCGGGGAUAAACAUUCGUUUGACUCGACUCAGAUGAUGACAACACCAACGAGGGACUUUUUACAUCGACGUCGGAGGUCACUCAGACAAGCGCUCGCUGUGAUACCAGAUAUAACGAGUCUCAGUGUGUCACCAGGUUCUCCCCUCCCAACCGACGUCAACACGAUCAACAACAGAUACAGCAGAGACUCAUGGAGCCCAGCGCCAAGUCCCGACGAGUUGGUGAUCCAAAAGCGUGGACGCAGGAGCAAAAGCAUCGUCUGGUCUCCAGAAGCCGACGCAAAGCGAGAUAGUCUCUUGAGUCUAUCCCUUCGAGAUCGAACCCCUGUCAAGAGUCCCACGAAGGCGUCAUCGCACCUGAAGAGCACGCCGAGGAAACGACUUCUACUCGACGACAAUGACGACAUGACCCCGGACAAAUCCAAGGUCGAGAGAGAUGGUCAGAGGCAAUUCACUGGGAGUCUGAUGAAUGGAUUGAGGGGACUCAGCAAUGAACAGCUGGUCAAAGUCAUCAUGGAUCUGGUGUCUAUGCAGGAGGAUGGAGCACUGUCCCUCAAUGAUAAACUGAGGGACAUUGUCAUCAACAGAAUCCCUGUGGCUGAUGUCCAGCCGUUGAGGGAGAGGUUGAGCGCUCUCAGGCAGAAUGUCUCGGCGAGCUUAAUGUCCUUUGAGAGGAUGGACGAGUUCUCUUAUAACCGAGCUUUCAUUCAUCUUGAAACGUUUCAGAAAACAUUGAUGGAACAAGGAAGCAAAUUAAUUGACUCCCAACACUGGACCGCAGCGAUGCAGUACGUACUCCUGGCGUGGCCCAUUACAAAAGACUUGCCCGAGUGUCCACUCCCCGACAACACAACCCAGAAGUGUUUUCAGAGUUUAACACAAAUCUGCAAAGUUGCCCUGAUGAACGGGAAUUUUGUCAAUUCGACAUUGCAAAUGUUUGCUGAUAGAAUGGAGACAAUGAUCCACGACUGCGACGAGAUGAGGAUCUGUCACCAAAUGGCCAAGGAGAUGAUGAGACCCUAGUUUAAUUACACCAACGUAUUUAAUUUCCAUUUAUUUCUAUUUUUUUAAUUGUAAUCGACUCAGUGCCUUAAAUAAUCGAUUUUGUAAGGACAAGAUAAACUGUGCAGUUACCAUAGUUCCAAUGAUUCCAUACAUUUUUGCCUAUGAUUUCUUUACACUAGAUUCACAUACCAAAAGUAAUGAAAUAGAUGACAUUAUUUGAUUCCUUCAGAUCCGUAUUUAAUUCUCCUUUGUUUUGUUUAGAUUAGUUGAUCAUUAUUUUGAUAACUUCCUUGAGUAUUAUGUAAUCAUCAUAUUUUUUGAAAUUAAUAAAUUUUUA